AUGUUUCAAAGUCGUGUUUCAUUAGCAGCUCGCGCUGCCCAGCGCUCAAUUGCUCCUCAGUCGAGGGGCCUUGCGACUGCAUCCCCCGUCAGUUCCGCUGCCCGCAACCACAAGAUUGUAGUGGUGGGCGGUGGUAGUGCUGGUAUUUCUAUCAGCCACCAGCUCCUCCACUCCGGUAAAUUCGCACAAGAUGACAUCGCCGUCAUUGAUCCUGCCCAAUGGCACCACUAUCAGCCCGGUUGGACUCUUGUUGGCGGCGGUCUCAAGAACAAAGAGGACCUACGUCAGCCCAUGAACAGCUUGGUCGACCCCAAGUUCAAGUUCUACAACCAAUCCGUGGGCUCCUUCGCCCCUGCUGAUAACGCUAUUACCCUCGAGAACGGCGACAAGCUUAGUUACGAGCAACUUGUCGUCGUGCCCGGAAUCAGCAUCAACUACGGCGAAAUCAAAGGUCUUCCCGAGGCGCUCGCCGACCGAAACUCGACCGUGUCCUCCAUCUACAGCUAUGACACCUGCGACAAGGUCUUCCGCACAGUCGAAACCCUCCAGGAGGGCAAGGCCAUCUUCACCCAGCCCGCCGGCGUCAUCAAGUGUGCCGGUGCUCCCCAGAAGGCCAUGUGGCUCGCAUUGGACCACUGGAAGCGUGCUGGUCUCUACAACCCCGCCAAGCCCGCUGAAUCUCCCAUCAAGAUCAGCUAUGCUACCGGUCUCCCCGUGAUGUUCGGUGUGCCCAAGUACAACGCCAUCCUCGAGCAGAUGCGCAAGGACCGCGGCGUCGAGGGACUCUUCCAGCACGAUCUAGUUGCCGUUGACGGCAAGUCUGCUGUUUUCGCCACUCCCAACGGAGAGGUCGUCAAGCCCUUCGACCUAUUGCACGUUUCGCCUAAGAUGGGCGCCCACGCCUUCGUUAAGAACAGCCCUCUGGCCAACGAGAUGGGUAUGGUCGAUGUCCACGAAAACACCACCCAACACAAGAAGUUUGCCAACGUCUGGUCCGUUGGUGAUGCCUCCAGUCUGCCCACAUCCAAGACCGCUGCCGCUGUCACCUCCGAGGCUCCCGUCCUCGUCCGCAACCUCCUGCAGAGCAUGGAGGGCAAGGAGCUUGAUGCUUCUUAUGACGGAUACACCUCGUGCCCUCUCCUGACUGAGUACGGCAAGGUUCUUCUUGCUGAAUUCAAGUACGGUGGUGAGCCUAAGGAGACCUUUGGCAAUUGGUUCGGUAUUGACCAGGGUAAGCCCCGUCGUGCCUUCUACCACUUGAAGAAGGACUUCUUCCCCUGGGUUUACCAGAACUACAUGGUUAAGGGUCACUGGGGUGGUCCUAACGGAUGGAAAUGA